UAUUUAUCGGAAAAUAACAGCGUGUCGCUGUUUAAUAUAUAUUCCCCUAAUAGAAAGAAUAUGCUAUCAUAUCGUCUCAUAUAUUGAAACAUUGUUUGACAAGAAGAAAAUAAGUUGGUUAUGAGAACAUCUGACGUUUCAGUGUUUUUGGCAAUAGUGGGAUAUCUUGGUGGUUUAGGACAAGCCCAUGAUGGAUGGGGCAAUAGAGGUAGAUCUGGCGAGAGUAAAAGCCGUAUGUGUCCGCUUGAGGACAAUGAAACACACCGUUGCUAUGAACUAAUCACAGAGAACAGCACGUGCAUCAUAAAAUAUUUAACCGGAUGUGGCCCGGACUAUUCUCAAAACUGCAGAUUUCUGAUUGUAUACGAGCGCAGGCCAUGCAUGGUUUAUACGUGUAGUCAUCAAGGGUGUUGUGAAGGUUAUGUCGAGAAUGGCUGGGGAAGCUGUAUUUUAGAGAAGGAAAAACAGGCUUUAGUGUGCGAGAAUGGCGGCGAAAACACCGAGGACGGAGGAUGUGAAUGUACUGAACAUUUCAAGGGAAAACGAUGCGAAAUUCCUGACUGCGGGGAACCAUGUUUAAACGGUGGACGAUGCGGGAUUGAGAAUGGACAUCCGAAGUGUAUUUGUCCGUCAUCUCUGCAUUCAGGAAACUUUUGCGAAUCUGUGUCUUGUACUGAUUCAUGCCUUCAUGGGGGUGAGUGCAUCCAAGAUGGAGUUCUCUCCCGUUGUAAAUGCACCCAUGGUUACCAAGGUGACCGUUGUCAGUACGAAAUCAGUGAAAAAUGCCCGAUGGUACAAAGCCGCAGCAGGGUUCUAUGUGAGAAAAUGGGAGAGUGGAAAAAUGAGUGUGAAUCUGAUAUUGACUGUUCUAACAACACUGACACCACUGUUUGUUGUUACAACGGCUGUAAUGGUGAAUGUAGGUUACCAGAAUUUGAGGAAUGCAUUUACAAUGGAAUGAUGUACAAAUCUGGUGAUACCUUUAGUCCUGAAACUUGCAAGAAAUGCGUUUGCCAAAUGUAUGGCGAGGUUAGGUGCACUACUAUCAAGUGUGACGAAAAACAAUGUCCAGACGGACAAGAGCCUAUAAGUAUUGAUGACCAAUGCUGUAAAGUCUGCCCAGGCACAGACACUUACUUAAAAGCUCCGAAGUUUACAAACUGCCCAGACAUUUUUGUUGUAUUGAAUGUCAGUGAAAAUGGCGAUACCGCACAUUUACCGCGACUGGGUCUUCAAGCUGUCGACAAGGAUGGAUCUAAUCUGCCUGUUUCAUUUACACAGACAGAAUUUAUUCACAGUCGAAAGCCAGAUUUAAGCAAGAAUAUUCACAUCGUGACCGCUUACUCCGAGUGCGAUCCUUACGGCAAGAGGGCCGAAUGUACCUUUAAAGUUAUUGUAAGGGAUCCCUUUCCUCCUGUAUUCAAGUCCUGUCCCACUGAUAUAUAUGGUGACGAAGAUUUAGUUGUAUCAUGGGACGAACCGUCUGUAUACGACAAUGUUGACAUCUACAAUACAGAAGUAAAUGGUGACUCUAUUCGCAAUCAGAAGGAUGUACCAUUAGGAACAUACGCCGUUACCUACACUGUCUGGGAUUAUGAUAUGAACCAAGCCGCAUGCUCAUUCCUUGUCCGAAUUGUGGAGCAAAGUUUCUACGAUAUGAAACAUGAUGAUGAUGACAGCCCACGCUUCUCGGCAGGUUCUAUCGGAUCUCUGGUUGGUAUAGUGACAGGAUUAUUUGUUGCUGGUGGUCUGUGCAUUUGUUUCUUUGUCCGUGUGCGGCAAUUACACACUGAAGACGACGCUGAACGAAGCCAAGCCGAUCAGAACACGGCCGUCUUUUCCGUAUACGAGCCUACUAUAAGCGAAAAUGCCAGCUCGUAUGAAAACGUGGAUAUCAAGCUGCCAAAUUUGCCGGACUAUUCUCCCGCAAUUAGUCCACCUGCGUAUGACCAGAUUGAUAACCCAUACAGUGACAAGGAAAAAGUAGUUCCACCAAUUUAUGAGGAGAUUGCUUCGCCCGCGUUUCCAUCGGAAAUGUACGAAAGCUUGCCGGAAAAUCGCGAUGACCGAGACCAGGCAGGUGACGGUAAAAACAAUGAAGGAUAUGUGCACGAUGAAAACAGCAGGAAUAAUAACACUGACUAAAACACAGUUUCAUUUACAGUUGCAAGAUCUUAAAAUCUGCAGAGUAUUUUUUUUAAUUGUUAAAACUUUAACUUUGAGAUAUGAAUACAUUCACACUAAUGUUUCAAUAUUUUAUGUAUUAAAUCAUGAUUUAUAUGCAUAAAGGACGUUAAAGUGGUAAAAAACAUGUAAAAUGUGAAAUCUUUAGGAUUUUAAUUUUUUAACCUUCUUUUCGUCACGUCAUAUCUAAACGGUCAAUCCACUUAACUGGAUAGCUAUUAGUAAAUGCCAAUUUCACUCUUUGUUCAAGUGACCGACUGCAAAUCCCGUAAGAUUUCUGAAUCAGCGGUAGAAACAAAUGUCUCUACUCACUUCUGCUUCAUAUUAUAAGAUUUGGUUACACCAUUUAAUACUUACUAAAACAAGUGUUCUUUUUAUGUGGUAAAUGAUGUUUUAAUAACUGAUAUUCACUGAGUGAUGUAAAUGAUAUAUUUUUUAAAAUGUUCCAUUAAUGAAAAAGCAAAAAGUAGAUUUUGACAAUUCCAUUUGUUUGUGUGUUUUGAGCUCGGAAACUCCAAGCUCUCUUUUCAACAAUAGCAGGAUGGACCGAGCUCGGUCAUUAAGUCAUCGUGACUCGUGUUCCUGAAUUAGCUUUUAUGUUUAUUUAUUUAUUUAUCAGUAUAUUGUUAAGAUUAUUCUCCUUUACACCUGUGCAGUUGACCAGGCUUAUAGUGAAUCCAUGUGUUUUGAAUACAUUUUUUUUUAUUUGUAUCUAAUAAAUUUGUAUAUACGUUGUGCGUACUUUUGAUAAUCUGUAAAAUAGUUUAAUCUUUGAAUGGACUAUCAUAAUUCCCAAGGUGGGCAAUUCCGUUACACAAUUUUUAGCAGUUUAAAGGUUAAAUUACUUGCUACAUUCAAGUUACUGAUGUAUGUUGCCCUUAACGUUUUAUUUUGUCAGUAACCUUUAGAAUCAAAUAACAAUGUGAUAUUAAAUUGUAAAAAUAUAGAGGAAUAAAACAUAUGUUUUGUUAUGUGUGUACAUCUUUCAAAUUUUUAUUGUAAUGAUAAGCUUUAUUUUAUAUAUAUUAUUUAUGUUAUUCAUAUUAUAGCUCGAUUAUUCGAAGAAUGUGGAGAGCUACAUGUACUCACCACUCACCAUGGCGUCUCCAGCACACCUUUGUUAAGUUAUGUCCAAAACUACUGAAAGGAAUGGGUUAAAACGUGUAUAUAUACUUGACACUUCGCACACCUUUUCUCUGUAAUAAUAAUGGACACUUAUAACUCUUGAUCUACUUUUUACACGGUUAUCAUUCUUUUCUUAAUGAAUAAUCGAGCUCACUGUCUUACUGAAAACUCUUGUUUAUAGAAAUUCUUGUGAUGAAUGAUUUUGUAAUGUCUUGAAUAUGUAAAGAAAACAAAUUACAAGAGGGCCAUUAUGGCCCUGAGGUCGCUCACCUGUAUAGUGGCCCCCGCAGCGGGGCCAGUUUAAACCCUAGGGCUUUUAUUUGAACAAACUUGGAAGACACCCAUUAGAAGAUGUUUCAUGUUGUUUAGUUUUUACUAC